CAGUCAGGCAAACACAAGCACGCUCACACCACCGGGAGGUCAGAACUUCCAGCGGGCUCUCUGCUGCCACAGCUCCACCGCUGGGUGGGGGGGAAGCAGAGGGAGCCUUGAGCCGUGAGCCUUGAGCCUUGCUGGGGACUCACCCGGAGCUGGGAGCAGAGGCAGGUGUGUGCAGGUGCAUCACCCGGAUCAUGAGGUCAUCUCUCUCCUUGCUCCUCCCACUUCUCCUCAUCUUGGCCUCAGUGACCAAAGGUCAGCCAACAAGGCGACCAAAACCCGGGGGCAGGCCCAGGCCCAGGCCGAGGCCCAGGCCCACACCAUCGAAGCCUACCGACCUGCCUCCUCCCCUCCCACCAGGCCCUCCGUCUCUCUUUGCUGACUGUCCCCGGGAAUGCUACUGCCCCCAUGACUUCCCGUCUGCCCUCUACUGUGACAGCCGCAACCUCAGGAAGGUGCCUGUCAUCCCACCCCGCAUCCAUUACCUCUAUCUCCAGAGCAACUUUAUAACUGAGCUCCCAGUGGAGUCCUUCAAGAACGCCUCGGACCUGCGGUGGGUCAACCUGGACAACAACAAGAUCAGCAAGGUGGACCAGAAGGUGCUGGAGAAGCUACCCAGCCUGGCGUUCCUCUACAUGGAGAAGAACCAGCUGAAAGAGGUGCCCUCCGCCCUGCCCCGGAACCUGGAGCAGCUGAGGCUGAGCCAGAACCAGAUCUCCAAGAUUCCCCCGGGGGUCUUCAGCAAGCUGGAGAACCUACUGCUCCUGGACCUCCAGCACAACCAGCUGAAUGACAACGUCCUCAAGCCUGACACCUUCCAGGGCCUCAAGAAACUCAUGCAGCUCAACCUGGCCCACAACGAACUGAAGAAGAUGCCCCCCAAGGUCCCCAAAGCCCUUCACCAGCUCUACCUGGACAGCAACCAGAUCGCGACCAUCCCUAACGGAUACUUCAAGGCCUUCCCCAACCUCGCCUUCAUUCGCCUUAACUACAACAAGCUGUCCGACAGGGGGCUCCCCAAGAACUCCUUUAACCUCUCCAAUCUGCUGGUGCUCCACCUGUCCCACAACAAGAUCAGCAGCGUGCCUGCCAUUAACAACAAGCUGGAGCACCUGUACCUCAACAACAACCACAUCGAGAAGAUCAACGGGACCCAGAUUUGCCCUUACAACCUGUUCACCUUCCGGGACUUCUCGGAUCUGGAGAACGUGCCACACCUGCGCUACCUGAGGCUGGACGGGAACUACCUGAAGCCGCCCAUCCCGCUGGACCUCAUGAUGUGCUUCCGCCUGCUGCAGUCCGUGGUCAUCUAGGCCUGGCUCUGCCCUGCGUCCUCUCCGAUCGCCCUUGAAGGCUGGUGGCCCAGGCGCCGGGCCCACCACUCAUCUUCUCUGUCUCCCUGUCUUUCUCCCCGCUUUGCCUUUCUCAGCCCACCUUCCUGAGGCGGGACGAGCCACAGCCUCAGGACCGAGACCUCCCAGGCCUUGGGGGGUCCACCCAGCCCAGAGACACCCACUGCAUGCUGACCCUCUGGCCCAGAGCACAGGUGUCUGUUUAAAAAUUUCAUAGUCCCUGCUGGCCCUGCUUCCCCGUCACUCCUGGGUAAGUCUGGGCCUGGACUGACAUCUGGAUCUCAGCCCUGGUGAAGCAAGAAAAUGGUCCGGAGUGGCCCAGAGGUGAGGCUCAGGAAGCUCUGCAGGGACUCCUCCUGCGUGGGCAGCUCUGGCCCCAAAGGACCACAGCACCAGGUCCCAUUGGCCAAGGAUCUGCCUUGCAAAGUGCUGCUCCGCCACCUGUCCGCGGGCACCAGACAUCGCCGCCAGCCCGUGUCCUCCAGAAAGGAAGGCAGGGCAUGGCCGGGGAGGGCAGAGGGGCAGGUUCCCGCAAGGGCCUGCACCCGGCCUACUCUUCACGGGGAGGAGCUGGGCCCUCUCUCUCCAGGGUGAACGCAGCUCACACCCUCCUAACGGGGCCUCCUUGUUCCAAGAGGAAGAGUGGGGAGGACCAGUCCAGGAGAAGCCUGGCUGGGGAACCAGGAAUCAGCCAGGGGGAGUGGGGUGGGAGUCAGAGCCCUGGGACGUGCCCGUGGGGUGCGAAGGGGUCCUUCAGCCCCCUGGCCACUCUGAACAAGAGGCCUAAUGCCUGGGGAUCACCAUGUCCCAGUGGAGGGCGCAGAGCCACCCCCCUCCCCACCUCCCCCCCGCCGCCAUCUGUUCUCUAUCAGUGGGGACGACCCAAUCCUUUCCACCCCAGAGAGGUUCCUGAGAAACCCGAGAGAAGGGGUGGGCAUCCGGAGAUCUUCCAGAAGCUUCUUCCACGUGUGCACAUUGGCCUCCCCCUAAGACAGACACAUCAGUGACACCUGGUGGCUGAUGUGGGACAGAGAUGGCCCCUCCUCUUCACCACCCUGGGGGUGAUUUUCCAAGGUCAAGGACUCCCAACUUGAAGAGCCAGGGGCCCUGUGCAUGGUCUCUCUCUCCUCUGGGUCUAAAGGGCACAGAGCUACAGUGGCCCUGAGUUGGGAAUGCGGUGGAGGAGGGGGGGCUUGUUCCAUGAUGGGGGAGCAAUGGUGGGAACCUUGGGGGCCCAGGUGAGGAUGCAGUCUGCUCCUGAUUGCUGUCUGACCUUGCCGCGCCUUCCGCUCUCGGCUCCCACAGGCUGUACACCCCGCCAAGGCCCCUCUAGCGCUCACGUUCCAUUCUGCGGCUCCACUUAGGCCCUUGCUCAAUGCAAGGCAAGUCCUCAGCAUUCUCUCCCUCCCUUGCAGUUAUUUAUUCCCUGGACGGACUGUCCCUCCCCCAAAGUUCCCACCCUCCCUGCCUGGCCCACGUGCAGCUUGGCCAGCCUCAAGGGGACCUGGGCCCCAGGGCUGACUCACCUAGGCCUUCCUCUGACCUGCCUCUAGGGGGUGCUGCCCCUCCACAGUCCCGGAGGGUGUAUGCGGGUGGCUGGCGUGGAUGUUCUAGAAAUGAGUGGUACUCAGUGCCUCCCCUCAACACAGGUUUAGAAAAGGUCCAGAGAUUUUAAAUUGUAUUAAGCUAGACCCCUAACUUCAAGAAGCUCCCAUUAGACUCUUUCUCGUUGUCCUCUUGUGCUAGUUUACAGAAACGGAGCGCAUUUUACCCCAGCCCCCUUCCCCUGCUCCCAUGAGGGCCUCAUCUUCCGCUGCAGCUGGCUUCUCCGAGGCUCCUGCUUAGAGUCAGUGCAGUCCCGGGGCUGUAAGCAGCCUGGUGCUCCGGCCUGGAUAAGCCCCUCUGCACCUUGGUCACACCUUUAACCUCAGCCCCUCUGAGGAGGCCCUCGGGGAGCACAGCCCUGUGGCUCCGGGAGGGGGGCCUUCUCCUGCCCCUGCAGACCCAGCAGCAACACAAGCACCAUCACCCCUUCCCUCCAUUGCUCCCUGCGGCUGUGAGCCAGAGAGGAUUCCAGUUAAACUGACUUGACAGCAACCCCCUCUUUCUGUCCCCCCACCGCCCACACACAUGCUGUGCUGGUUUCCCGUGGGUUUCAGGAAGCUCCCCGCCCCCCCUCCCCACAGCACACACAGGCUGGGCCCGGUGCUGUUGCCUCUGCACGCCCAGCCGCACAGGUGGGUGUCUGUGUGUACUCUGUCCAUAUGGCUGUCCUCCUGGGAGACCGCGUGGCUCUGUGAACCAGCUCCCGCGUUGCAGCGCGCUUCACAGCAGAGGAAAUAAAGGAAUAUGAGAGCAUCCAGCUUGGACUGGGCCCUGUGAACAGGUCGGGAAUAAUCCCCCAAGGUCCCUCUGCCGCCCCCUUCCUCCUCCCGCCAUCCCCUCUCCCCGUGCUCUGAGCCGAUGGGUGGGGAAAGGGUCUUAGUCUUAAGAAACUCUAAGUAAACGAUUCCAAAGCCUUUUCUUGGUGACUUUCCCCCAAAACUUACAAUUCUCGUGAAAAAUUAUUCCCAAAGUCUGACCAGAAAUCUGACAGCUACAUUGGAGGCCCAAAGGCCCAGGACUUUCAACCCACAGAUGCCAAAUGGUUGAGCGUCUCCCAAAGGCUCAGCUCUGAGCCAAAAACGGAAGACGCAAAGCAGACACCGCCCCUG